AUGGACACUGAGAAACAUGAUUCUCAAAAUUUGAAGGAGAAUAAGUCUCUCUUUGGAAGACCUGCUUCUCCGGAAAAAAUGCUUGACCGAAGUAAAGAGGCCCUUUUCUUGCGCUUAGAAAGUUAUCAUUUGCAAAUUCCAUCGCCUGGUGUAGAUGAUACAGAGGAUGUUAAAACACGUUCCAAAAAGGAUAAUUACGUUUAUCGAUCUCGCCGCCAUAGUCAAGACAUUCCUAUUAAGAACGAGAAUGUUAGAAGACCCGUUUUUUUAAAAGAAGGACAUGGCUUUACUGAUGACAUGUAUUUUGCUAUGAAGAGUCGCUGUUACGACGAUAGUGAAAGUGAGAGUGGUUCGCCUAUACCUCCUCACUUGAUAAAGAGUAGCGCCUCGCCACUCUCUUUUGCUUAAUUGACUUUAUUGAUCAAACACGCAUGUUGUAUGUUCCCCACUAUACGUAUAUUAAAAGACGAUGUUCCA